AUGGACAUCAUAACGUGCACCUACAGGUCUUUACACAGCGUACAAUCAAGGCAGGCUUUCGGAACGCAGGCACCUAUACUUACGAUCCAGAGAUUGAUUGCUGAUGCCGGGCUUCCUAAAUCUCACCAAAGUGAUCUUUAUGAACACCAUAUAGAGCUUCUUACAGAAGUCAAUCGGCGCCGCAGCCGUAAGAAAACUAAGCGGCAGGUGCAGGUUGGAGGAGUUCUCACUAUAAUGGAUGCUAAUCGGGCUACUGAGAAUCGUAAGCUUCACGAGAUGGAGAAAAAUAAGACGAAGAUGGAACGGGAGCGCGAAGAAGCGAGAGAAAGAGAAGCUCGAGAAAAGGUACAACAACAAAGCUUACGGGCAAAUGACGAGCCUAUAGGUGAAAACGUCGUAUCUGAUUUACCCGACUAG